GGAAACAAGAAACAACAUAAACAAAACUCCUUCAAAAGAUAAGUUUGGCGUGCGUUUUUGACCGGUCAGUGAUCGACUUCGAUUUCAAAUAAGCAUCAGUUUGUGUUCGGGCGAGAUCGGCGAGAUAAAUACAUUAUUUUUGUUUAUGACUAUCAUCUGAUACUUCACGAUGCCACCUAAAAAGGAUGCUAAGGGAGGUGCGAAAGCUGCUCCAGCCAAAGGCGGAGCAGGUGGGAAAAAAAGUGGAGCUGGAGACGAAGGUGGAAAAGAAAAGAAGGGAGGAAGCGCAGUGAAGGUUCGCCACAUUUUAUGCGAAAAGCAAGGCAAGAUACUUGAAGCUAUGGAGAAACUGAAAGAAGGACAAAGUUUCAACGUCGUAGCCACUAACUACAGUGAAGACAAGGCCAGACAGGGAGGAGAUCUUGGAUGGCAAAUCCGAGGAGCAAUGGUAGGACCAUUUCAAGAUGCUGCCUUCGCACUGCCAAUUUCAACAAUAAAUGCACCAAAAUACACUGAUCCACCGAUUAAAACAAAAUUUGGUUAUCAUAUUAUUAUGGUUGAGGGAAAGAAAUAAUGUACACAGUUUUUGAGUGUCAUGUAUAUUUUUUAACUUGAAUAUAAAUGAAUAGAUUCUUAAGGAAUUAAAAA